CUGAGACAGUCGCGACGGCGCGCUCGUUUCUAGCAGACGUUUACUCCGAUUUCCUCUCAGCCAAGCUACCGUUGUGUGCGCUGCGCCGCUGUUGCUAACGUUGUUGUUGUGAUACACUCUUUCCUUUGGACGCUCCCGCAAUUUUUGACGUUUUUUUUCGUGUGUUCUUUAGUGUUGAUCCAACGAGAAGAAGAAUCGAAAGCGAGAAGAAGCAAAAACAAACUGCGAUUGCAGCACAAAAGCAACGAAGAGUAAGAGUAAAGACGAUAAAACCACCCAUAAGAAAUCAUUUCGUUUCGAUAAAUAAGAAAAAACAGGAAGCAACAAAAUGUCUCCAAAAGCGCUAAAUGUGCGGGUCACGACAAUGGACGCGGAACUGGAGUUCGCCAUCCAGUCGACGACGACUGGCAAACAAUUGUUUGACCAGGUGGUGAAGACGAUCGGCCUGCGAGAGGUUUGGUUCUUCGGACUCCAGUACACCGACUCAAAGGGCGACUCCACAUGGAUCAAGCUGUACAAAAAGGUGAUGAACCAGGACGUGAAGAAGGAGAAUCCCUUGCAGUUCAGAUUCCGUGCCAAAUUCUAUCCCGAGGACGUGGCCGAGGAGCUGAUCCAGGACAUCACCCUGCGCCUGUUCUACCUGCAGGUGAAGAAUGCCAUACUGACCGACGAGAUCUACUGUCCGCCGGAGACAUCCGUACUGCUCGCCUCGUACGCCGUGCAGGCGCGUCACGGUGACCACAACAAGACCACCCACACAGCCGGCUUUCUGGCCAACGAUCGUCUGCUGCCGCAGCGCGUCAUCGACCAGCACAAGAUGUCAAAGGACGAGUGGGAGCAGUCGAUCAUGACCUGGUGGCAGGAGCACCGCAGCAUGCUGCGCGAAGAUGCCAUGAUGGAGUAUCUGAAGAUCGCCCAGGAUCUGGAGAUGUACGGCGUCAACUACUUUGAGAUCCGCAACAAGAAGGGCACGGACCUCUGGCUGGGCGUGGACGCCCUGGGUCUCAACAUUUACGAGCAGGACGACAGGCUGACGCCGAAGAUCGGCUUCCCGUGGUCCGAGAUCCGCAACAUCUCCUUCUCGGAGAAGAAGUUCAUCAUCAAGCCGAUCGACAAGAAGGCGCCGGACUUUAUGUUCUUCGCGCCGCGUGUCCGCAUCAACAAGCGCAUCCUGGCCCUCUGCAUGGGCAACCACGAGCUGUACAUGCGUCGCCGCAAGCCGGACACCAUCGAUGUGCAGCAGAUGAAGGCGCAGGCGCGCGAGGAGAAGAAUGCCAAACAGCAGGAGCGUGAGAAGCUGCAGCUGGCGCUGGCCGCUCGCGAACGCGCUGAGAAGAAGCAGCAGGAGUACGAGGAUCGGCUGAAGCAGAUGCAGGAGGAUAUGGAGCGUUCGCAGCGCGACCUGCUCGAGGCCCAGGACAUGAUUCGUCGACUGGAGGAGCAGCUGAAGCAGCUGCAGGCCGCCAAGGAUGAGCUGGAGCUGCGCCAGAAGGAGCUGCAGGCGAUGCUGCAGCGCCUCGAGGAGGCCAAGAACAUGGAGGCCGUCGAGAAGCUCAAGCUCGAGGAGGAGAUCAUGGCCAAGCAGAUGGAGGUGCAGCGCAUCCAGGACGAGGUCAAUGCCAAGGACGAGGAGACCAAGCGCCUGCAGGACGAAGUGGAGGACGCCCGACGCAAGCAGGUCAUUGCGGCCGAAGCCGCCGCCGCUCUGCUGGCCGCAUCGACCACGCCGCAGCACCACCACGUCGCCGAGGACGAGAACGAGAACGAGGAGGAGCUGACGAACGGCGAUGCCGGCGGCGAUGUGUCGCGCGACUUGGACACCGACGAGCAUAUCAAGGACCCCAUCGAGGACAGACGCACGCUGGCCGAGCGCAACGAGCGCUUGCACGAUCAGCUCAAGGCCCUGAAACAGGAUCUGGCGCAGUCGCGCGACGAGACGAAAGAGACGGCAAACGACAAGAUCCAUCGCGAGAAUGUGCGCCAGGGACGUGACAAGUACAAGACGCUCCGCGAGAUCCGCAAGGGUAACACAAAGCGUCGUGUCGAUCAGUUCGAGAACAUGUAAGGCUAUAGCUAUAGCCCUAUAGCUAUGGCGGCCAGAUCGAAAGAUCGAACGAGCGAGAGGUAUAUAGAGCGUCUGCGCGAGAGGAAGAGAGAUGGAUGGAGAUGGAGUCUCCAGAAAGAAAAAGAUAAAGAUAUAACUACAACAUGAGAAGAUAAUGAUGAUGAUUAUGAUUAUGAUGAUAAUGAUGAUGAAGAAGCAACAAAUAUAAUUCCGGUCGCUGGCAAAGCCUAUUGCUAUUAUCCCCCCAGCGACGUCCCUUUUUCCACCCACAAGAA